GUACGACAGACAGCUCUGGCAAUGGGAUUACAAUUCAUGGUGACGACACUUUGGGCUUGCACACUACACGGUCGCAGCGAAGCUCCAUGGGCCCAGACGACGAUAUAUCGGAGCGCAAGGUGCACCAGGGGCGGUCCAAAUUCGCAACUAUAGGACAGUCCCCGACGAAAGGACUGUCACGCGCGUUAUCCAGUGCCACAGUGGUGGAAAGUGCCCUGCAGAAGGCGCCUGCAACUCCCAGAGUACAAACGCUCAAACGUUCCUCUGGCAGCUCAGGGGCCAUCAACUCGUC